ACGAGACCCUCCCCCUCGCCCAUUGUUUCCCGCGCAUUGUGUGCGGGGACCGUGUGGAGCGGAGGAGGGCGAGGGAGCUGAGCGGCGGCGGCGGAGAAGAACGUCAAGAGGCGGACAUUGCUCGCUCGCUCGCUCUCUCGGGGUGCUUCAAUGGAGAGGGUUGAGAAGGCCUGGAUCAGCUUGAAGUACAAAUGCCACAGCUGGUUUAGUGAGUGUCGUGAAGCUGAGGGGUCGACCGCCUCUCAUCCGGAGGGAGCUCCCACUGCCCAGCAACAGCAAGGAUCGCCGGCUCACGAGAGCCCCACAAUGGCUGCGAUGGAGAACGCCUCGGGCUUGAACGUGGAGGUGGCGGAUAGCGGUGACAAAGCCGCAGAGGGCGAAGGCUCUGACAUUGUUGUUAUUGUGCCAGAGAUCACGGUGGGGUUAAAUUCUCCCCAGGAUGGCGGCUCGGGGGCAAAACCAAAAUCCAAAGUCGGUGCUGUUAACUCAUUGAGAGAUUCGUACUUCCGCCAUGCUCCCUGGGCCAGCAAGAAAAAACGCUCCCAGAGCGGUGGUGGUGGUGGUGAUGGCUGUGGUGGUAGCGAUAUGCGGUGUGCCGGUGACGAUGCUGCCGCCUGCUUGGAUGCAGACGACCUUAAUGUUCAGCCGAGGCUGGUGGGCGAAGAGGGCCGCGAUGGUAGUGCUGACGCUGAGGUGGAGAGCGCAGAGGCGCGCGUGUGCACGGAACACCGCUUUGAGCAGACCCCUGCACGCUCGCGAACGCUGCGUAACCGCCUGCAAGACACCGUCGGGCAGUGCUUUCCAUUGUGCGGCACCGGCGCGCGUCGCCACCACGCCUCGUAUGGCGCUUGUGACAGUAGCAACAACAGGCUGUCUGUCGGGCAGCUUUCGAGCAAACGCAAGAUUCACUUGUCGGAGCUCAUGCUGGACCACUGCCCGUUCCCAGCAGGCUCGGAACUGGCACGCAAAUGGCACCUCAUCAAGCAGCACACGGCACCGGUGGGAGCAUCGGUAGGGUCGACGCGCGGGCCGUUCCUCACGGCUACGCUGGACGUGGCGGAGGAUGAGGAGGAUGCCCUGCGGGAGCGCAGGAGGAUGAGCAUAGAGGAGGGCGUGGACCCGCCACCUGAUGCGCAGAUUCACACCUUUGAGACAACGGCACAGAUCAACCCGUUGUGCAAACUUGGCCCCAAGCUGGCACCUGGCAUGAGCCAGCCGAACACACCGCCAGCGGGGCACAGUGGCGCCGGCGCCGAAUCCGGCUCCGAGGAUGAUGAGCUGCCCCUUGCAGUGCUCGCGCCGCCCCAGAGACACCGGCUGGAGUCCAGCUCGGCGCUCAUGUUCAGCCAGCUUCUCUGUCAACAGGUGCAGCAGCAGCUGCAGCAGUCGGCGGCAGUGAUGGGGGCAGCGGCGGGGCCUGCGGUGGGCGGGCUGGUGCGCCUCGCGCACACGCAGAUCGACUACAUCCACUGCUUGGUUCCAGAUCUGCUGGACAUCACACAGAGCCCCUUCUACUGGGGCGUGAUGGACCGGUACCAGGCGGAAGCCCUGCUCGAGGGCCGUCCCGAGGGCACCUUCCUGCUGCGUGACUCUGCCCAGGAGGACUACCUCUUCUCUGUAAGCUUCCGGCGCUACGGUCGCUCGCUGCACGCACGUGUCGAGCAGUGGAACCACAACUUCAGCUUCGAUGCACACGACCCUUGUGUGUUCCACGCGCCGGCUGUCACGGCGUUGCUGCGCCAUUACAAGGACCCGAGCGCAUGCAUGUUCUUUGAGCCUCUGCUCGCCACGCCGCUCCACCGCUCGUUCCCCUUCAGCCUGCAGCGCCUGUGCCGUGCCUCUAUCUGCGGCCGCGUCACCUACGACGGCAUCGACGCAUUGCCGGUGCCACACGUGCUCAAGGAUUACCUCAAGGAGUACCACUACAAGCAGAAGGUGCGCGUGCGUCGGCUGGACGAGCCACUUUGGCUGCGCUGAUGACAACGGUACGGUGGUGGUGGUGGCAGCACUGCAGGGUCCAGCACUGGGAGCAUCGAAUGCUCGAUUGGGUUUGUAACAAAUCGUGAGUUAAGCUCGAUCCUUAUGCGCACGGUUUGUGCAUUGUAAGAAUGGAUUAUAUACGGUUCGUAUGUGAUUGAUUUUUAGAAACUGGAGUUUCGUCGACACCUUUGCGGCCACUGAAAUUUCUACGUGCACCACAAUGGCAAAAAAAAGAAUAUUUGUGAAUCCAAUCGUGAUGCCAAUUUGUGAAAAAUCAUCAAAAUAUAGGAGUAAAUUGUUCCAAGUCCGCUGUUCACCUAUGGAUUGGGGGGUGCACCUCUGAAUACAACCACCUGUGAUAUUGUUUGUAUUAUUGACUCGUGUGAGAAUACCUACACAUUUUAAUUCAACGUAUGACAAGACAUCAAGAAUUGUACCUGCCUCAGCAACAGGUUGGCCAACCACGCAUACAGAAGUUUUCCUGUGGCAACUAGCAGCAGCAUCAAUUCUAUACGGAGAGAAGAAAUGGCAAUAUUCGUCACCACCAGCCAAGAAGAUGCACUAACGGUGACUUAGGGGUUGAGGUGAGGGCUUGAGUUUGUAGCUUUACAUAUUACAUGUGCAGGAGAGAUAUGAUAUGUGUGUACUGCAUAUGUGAACACACGUAUACACGCACGCAUACAGGACACGGAUACAAAUUAGAGGUGUAACGAUUCUGUAAAAAUCCGAAUCGUGCGUUAAUUUGUGUCUCAAAGAAGUGGUGAUUUUGGAUUCCUAUAUGUAAAGAUUUCACGUGACUCCUGCAACCACUGGAGGCCCCUCCAUUCACAAAGUAACAAGCAAAAAUAUUUUCUUGAAUCAAAUCACCACCUUGCAUUGGACCAUUUGUCGAAUCACCGGGGGAAUGAAUCAUUACACCCUUAAGUUAAAAGCUUUCUGUA